GGCCGCCUGCGAUGAUUGAAGAUGGCGGAGCUGGGACCCUUCAAGCCCUGCAGCUGGUCCGGCCCGGCUGCGGCCCCGGCGUCCGGAUGAAGAUCAAAGAGCUGUACCGCCGGCGGUUCCCCCGCGAGGUCCCGGCCGCCGCCGCCCCCGCCCUGCCGCCGCUCGGCCCCGACCGGGGGCCGGACGUCCAGCGCCCGGCCUCGCCCGCUCUCCCGGUCCACCCCGACGUCAAGAUGAAGCGGCUGCCCUUCUACGACGUCUACGACGAGCUCAUCAAGCCCGCCACGCUCGCUCCCAACAACGGUCAGAGGUUCGAGGAGACGCACUUCACCUUCGCCCUCACCCCCCAGCAGGUCCAGCAGAUCCUGGCCUCCAGGGAUGUCCUGCCUGGGGCUACGUGUGAUUACGCAGUACAGGUGCAGCUCAGGUUCUGCCUGUGUGAAACCAGCUGCCCCCAGGAAGACUGCUUCCCCCCGAACCUGUUCAUCAAAGUCAACGGGAAGCUGUGCCCCCUGCCCGGCUUCCUCCCGCCCACGAAGACCGGGGCCGAACCCAAGCGUCCCAGCCGCCCGGUCAACAUCACCCCCCUGGCACGGCUCUCGGCCACCGUCCCCAACACCAUCGUGGUCAACUGGUCCUCCGAGUUCGGGCGGAGCUACUCCCUGUCCGUCUACCUGGUGAAGCAGCUGACGUCCGGGACGCUGCUGCAGAAGCUGAGGGCCCGGGGCGUCCGCAACGCCGACCACUCGCUGGCCCUCAUCAAGCAGAAGCUGACGGCCGACCCGGACGGCGAAGUGGCGACCACCAGCCUCCGCGUCUCCCUGCUGUGUCCGCUGGGGAAGAUGCGCCUGGCGGUGCCCUGCCGCGCCCACACCUGUGCCCACCUGCAGAGCUUCGACGCGGCUCUCUACCUGCAGAUGAACGAGAAGAAGCCCACCUGGACCUGCCCCGUGUGUGACCAGAAGGCGCCCUACGAGAGCCUGCUCAUCGACGGGCUGUUCCUGGAGAUCCUCAACUCCGUGUCCGACUGCGACGAGAUCCAGUUCAUGGAGGACGGGACCUGGUGCCCGCUGAAGCCCGGGAAGGAGGCGGCGGGGGCGUGCCCGCCUCCGGGAUGUGGCCGCCUGGAAGCCGGUCCCCCGUUGGGAGCGGAGGCGCCCGAGAAGAAGCCGAGGGUGGACGUCAUCGACCUGACCGUGGACAGCUUGUCCGAGGAGGAGGAGGAGAAGGGCCGCCACUGGCCAAGAAGGCCCGGCCGGCCGCCCCGGGGGCCAAAGGGCCUGGAUUUGUUUUCGUUCCUUCAGAGCGAGAAUCAGCGCUACGGACCGUCGGUCAGCACGUCGCUGGACGAGCGGGACGCCCCGAGCGACCUCUUCCAGUCCCGGGGAGCCCCCCGGCCGCCUUUCCUGGGUCCGCCGGCCGGCCCCCUGGCCCCGGGCCCCGCGCCGACCGCCUGCCGCCCCGACGUCACCUCCCUGGACUGAGGCCGGACCGGCCGGGAGAGCGCGGGGGCCCACCGCCCCCGGCCUGGCCCUCCCGAGGAGACCACCGCCGCCCACCGGGCCCUGCCGCGGCCUACCCGAGGUCGGCGGCCGCUCCACCCGUGAGCUGGGCCCCACGGGGACCCCUCCCCAGCCCGGACUCGCGCGGGCGGCCCGACGGCU